UUUUUUUUUUUUUUUUUCCCUGAAACAAUGUCAGUGUCUGGAAAGAAAGAGUUUGAUGUGAAGCAGAUCCUGAGGCUCCGCUGGAGGUGGUUCAGCCACCCCUCGCAGAGCUCCGCAGGCACGGGGGGCUGCCACCAGCAGGAAGGAUAUGAGCACAGAGGGACACCGGUGCAGAACAGGUUGAAGAACCACUCUCGGGACAGAAAUGGGCUGAAGAAAAACAGCAGUCCUGUCCACCACAAUAUAUUGGCGCCUGUGCCCGGUCCAACUCCAGUGCACCACCGAUCGAUUCAAACCUGGCAUCAACAAAACCUCAUAGAACAGCUUCGAUCAAAUGAAGAUAUUCCCAAAGCAAACACAGAGGAAAACUGUGUCAAGGAAGAUUCAAGUAAAACCCUGCAGGAGUUGCAGAUGAUCACAGAGGAAAAUUCAGAUGAAUCUGCAGAGAGGCUGUCCACGACCAGCAGCUCACUGCUUGGCAUGAACACCAAUGGCUCCGAGGAGUACUUCCACUCUACAAACCACGCAGAGCAAACUUUCCGCAAAAUGGAAAAUUAUCUGCAGCAGAAACAGCUGUGCGAUGUUCUUCUCAUAGUUGGUGACCAGAAGAUUCCAGCUCACAGGUUGGUUCUCAGUGCAGUGUCUGAUUAUUUCGCUGCAAUGUUCACUAAUGAUGUACGUGAAGCAAAACAAGAGGAGAUCAAGAUGGAGGGAGUGGACCCGGAUGCGCUGAAGGCUCUGGUGCGUUAUGCCUACACAGGUAUUCUAGAGUUAAAGGAAGACACUAUAGAAAGUUUGCUAGCUGCAGCUUGUCUUCUCCAGCUAUCCCAGGUCAUUGAGGUAUGCUGCAACUUCCUCAUGAAGCAGCUCCAUCCUUCCAACUGCCUGGGGAUCCGCUCCUUUGGAGAUGCUCAGGGCUGCACAGAGCUCCUGAAGGUGGCACACACAUACACUAUGGAACAUUUCACAGAAGUUAUUAAAAACCAGGAAUUUCUUUUACUCCCUGCUAAUGAGAUUGCAAAACUCCUGUCUAGCGAUGACAUCAAUGUUCCAGAUGAGGAAGUUAUAUUCCAGGCAUUAAUGAUGUGGGUGAGACAUGAUUUGCAAAACCGGCAACAAGACCUGGGGAUGCUUCUAUCUUAUAUCAGACUGCCUCUACUUCCCCCCCAGUUACUAGCCGAUCUAGAAAAUAGUCCAAUGUUUGCAGACGACCUAGAAUGCCAGAAACUUCUCAUGGAGGCUAUGAAGUACCAUCUCCUACCAGAAAGACGGUCGAUGAUGCAGAGCCCUCGAACAAAGCCUAGGAAGUCUACAGUGGGUGCACUUUAUGCUGUAGGAGGUAUGGAUGCCACUAAAGGCACCACUACAAUUGAAAAGUAUGACCUUAGGACUAAUAGCUGGAUACACAUUGGUACCAUGAACGGCAGACGAUUACAGUUUGGAGUUGCAGUAAUUGACAACAAACUCUACAUUGUGGGAGGAAGAGAUGGUCUGAAAACCUCCAAUAUUGUUGAAUGUUUCAACCCUAUCACCAAAGUCUGGACUAUAAUGCCUCCUAUGUCAACACACAGACAUGGCCUAGGAGUAGCAAUGCUGGAAGGACCAAUGUAUGCUGUUGGUGGCCAUGAUGGGUGGAGUUACUUGAACACCGUAGAAAGAUGGGACCCUCAAGCCCGGCAAUGGAAUUAUGUUGCUAGCAUGUCCACCCCCCGAAGCACUGUAGGGGUUGCAGCAUUAAAUAGCAAACUAUAUGCAGUUGGUGGACGAGAUGGGAGCUCCUGCUUAAAAUCAAUGGAAUGUUUUGAUCCACAUACAAACAAGUGGAGCCUAUGUGCUUCAAUGUCGAAGAGAAGAGGUGGUGUUGGUGUUGCAACAUACAAUGGGUUUUUAUAUGCUGUGGGAGGUCAUGAUGCACCUGCUUCCAACCACUGUUCUCGACUUUCCGACUGUGUAGAAAGGUAUGACCCUAAAACAGACACUUGGACAACAGUGGCUCCAUUGAGUGUACCCCGGGAUGCUGUUGGAAUUUGCCCUCUGGGGGACAGACUAUAUGCUGUUGGUGGCUAUGAUGGCCAUACAUACCUGGAUACUGUGGAGUCUUAUGAUGCUCAAAAUAACGAGUGGACAGAGGAAGUUCCUGUCAAUAUUGGAAGGGCUGGAGCAUGCGUUGUUGUUGUGAAGUUGCCAUGAUGUCUAUACAUACUGUGAAACCAAUCUGUGAGUGGGGUUUCAUGAAAACUGAGUGAGAGAAGAAACACUUCUAGAAGGCAGUACAGUCCAUAACGUCGUAACAGUCCUUCAUCAUAGAGAAUAAUUAUCUUGGGACCAUAAUGUUAUUAGAGCACAAGACUGGAGUCUUCCUGCAUUGCAAAAUCCAGAUAAUUUUGAAAAAGUGAAUUAUUUUGUAAUGCCUAAUACGUAAAAAUCAGAUGAUAUGUUUAAAUGGUUCAGGUUUGUUACAGAAAUUUAUAAAAUGCAGUAGUAAGGUGAUAAAUGGAUAUAUAAGAGUUCAUAAACCUUCUUUUUUAUGUUAGCGGUAAUGCUAAUGUUUAUAAAAAGAGAUUUUGUAUUUUAAAUAAACAAAAACGAAUAAAAGAGAAAUACCUUCAAAAGAAAACUGUACAGAAGGAAAUAGUGGACCUCAAAUGUAUUUGGCAACGGAAUAUUCUCUGCAAAUGAAACUUCAAUUCUAGAUUCAGAAGUUAGAUUACUAAAUUAACUUUAAAAUAAUUAUGUAAUAAAUCAAAGAGAAGCACAGAAUGUCUUUGCUAUUCAAUAGUAAGGAGAAAAAAUACCCAUUUUUAGCAGUAUGUUCAACUGAAUUGUACAAGACUGAGUAGGGCCAAAAUAUCUUUGUUUUUGUAAGUACGUGCCAACAGGAAAAUCUCAUUUGCCAAAACAAUACUAAUAUAAUUUCUAAUCACUUUCACAGUGCAGCUGUAUGUGAUAUUUUAAUUCCAACCAGUGUGUCAGGUUAUUGGUGGAUUUGUCUUUGCCCACUAACCAUCUGUUAGUAUUAUGUUAAACUUACUUGGCUAUUCAUGGAAUAAUCACCAUGCACUAAAUUAAAAAAAUAUAUAUAUAUCUCAUAUAAUUGCAUUCAUUGAAUAUAACUUACAAAAUGAAAUUUUUAUAUCAUAUUGAUAUGACGAUCUUUGAUCUCAGCUGAAGAUUACCAGCUUUGACAUGUACAGUAGAAAAUCACAUGCACUGUGCAACAAUCUAUACCACUGAUACAAGCAUGUUCAUGUUUUGAGAUGAUAAAUGAAUAUUUACAUGCAUGAGGUUUUCUUUUUGUGUGCCAAUUUGUAAUGAAGUUUUGAUUUUUCUUCAGUAAUUUCAUUUUUGAUAAUUUCAAAUGCUUUAAGUGUAUUUUAGAAGAAGAAUGUAUGUAAGAUAUUCUAUGUUGUAAAGCACACUAUUUGGGCAGUAUCUAUUUUAGUGUUUGUUAUAUUGUUGUUUUGUCAGCAUUAGAAAAUUCAGAACAGACAUGAAAUCUCCCUGAAGACAUAACUAUGUGAUUAACUUUCCUGAUGGAAUGUCUUUUCAGAAUUCAGCAAUAUGGUAUUUUAACAAAUAUAUAGUAUUUAUCAUAUUGAACCCUUCUAAAAAGGAAAUCUCGUAAGUGUAUUUAUAAAAAGACAAAAACAUUUUUAACUUUAGAUAUUAAAAUUAUGUUUAUAUGAAGCAUGCUACAAAAAAAUAAACGUAACUUUCUCUGCUAAGAAAACUUAAUGAUGUUUUAACAGCCUUGCCUUUUUAUUGUACGGCUCAAGAAUAGAAAAGAGAAGUAUCAAGUUUCACGGUCCAAAAGAAUAUGAUUCUGCUUAAUUCUCCUCACUGCACCUGCUCCACAGAAAUUAUGAUUUACCUUCAAUUUCACAAGAUUUAACUGCUAGAAGUUUGGGGGCUUCUGUUGUUUAUUGCUGUUGUUUUGGUUAUUUUUCUCCUUUCUUUCUUCAAGUCAAAACUAGCCACCACUACCACAGGCAGCUUGUGAAGUUGUUUGACUACUUGGAUUUUGUAACUAAUGAUUCCACAUAGACUUGUGCACAACAGGUGAAUGUAGAACAGCCAAUUUAUGAGAAAUGAUGACAAGGAUUAUCAUGACCUUAAAAUUG